AUGGUGGCACCCAGGAACGCCGCCUUCGCCGAAGAGAGCGCCGAGGUUGAAGUGCUGUUGGCUUCUUUGGGGAAGACGAAAGACAUCACCAAGCGGAUAGCGGCCAGUCUGGCACGGCUCGAUGUUAGCGGUAAGAUCGUCAAGGAUGCUAUUGGGCCGAUCUACAGCAACACGCAACAACUUCAGAUCACGAGUCGGAAUAUUGACAAGAUCAAUGAAGCUAUCGAAAAGCUCAAGCAGCCGUUGGACUCGAGGGGCCGAGAAGAAGCUAUCAUCAGAGCAGGGCCCAAAGCUUCAGGACUGCCACAAUAUCUCAGCGCCUUGAAGCGUAUUGACAAAGCUCUCACCGAUCUAGGCUCCACAAACAUGAGAGCGAACCAACAAGCUGUGUCCGACUUCCAUAGCCUCCUAUCCACGGGAGUUAACCAGUUGAACGACAUGUAUCGGCAAAUGUUGCAGGAAGAUUCGCAACCCGUCGAGCCCCUGCAUCAUAUCACGAAACAAAUUCCAUUCCCUACAUACUCUCAAGACAAAACCCAAUCUCUCGGCCAGAUGGCAAUGGCAAUGGCAUCCGCCGGAGCACAUUCGGCCAGGUUGGGCCAACGCGAUGAAGACGCGGCAGUUUCGAUCUACGUCGAGGUGAGGGGGGACUACCUCCAAAACAGCCUUCAAAAUCUAGCCACAGCCUCAAUUAUGACCUCCAAACGACAAGGAAACGAUUCGGGUGUUUACCGGGAAGGCUCGAGUGGCGUUGGGGCGUACGCGAAUGGUAUCGAGGGCAUGUUUCUCGCAGAAGCAGAGAACACAUCCCGGAUAUUCCGUAACGAUCCUGGUCGCGUCUUUACAAUGACUUGCGGCAAGGCAUUAGGGACGUUUACGCGUACUCUUUCGGAGCUGAAUAAUGUGAUCAAGCCACGGAUCUUGAGCGACUGCUUCCUCGCCUACGAGAUAUUGGAUCUCUUCACUCCGCUUGGGUAUCGACUCGAAUCGCGGACGGGCCAACUGCGAUCCCAGUUUGCAGAUGCGCUUCGACCGAUUCGUGAGACUGCUCGUUCAUCGUUCAGCGAAAUACUGAACCAAACGAAGAAACAAGCCGAAUCAGUUUCGACCCUCCCACCAGACGGUAGCACUAUCCCGCUGGUCUCACAGACGGCCUCCCGUCUCCAGAACCUUGCGGUAUUUGAGCGACCCUUACUUGCCCUCCUCUCCUCUAUCGGCGACGGAAACUGGAAGACCGCGGCAGGAAUGGCCUCGCAAUCGACGCUGAACCUUGAAUUGGCUCCGUCGACUGAAAACCCAACGUUAUUGUCACACUACCUCAUUGACAUUGUCGACGCUCUUCUUUCAACGCUCAAUGCACGCUCACAGGUUCUCCACCCCAAGAAACCCCUCCAAGGAAUAUUCCAACUCAAUAGCGUCGCUGUGCUCACCCGGGCGGUCCAAUCCUCACCAGACCUCGCCCGUUAUCUGGGGAUCUCUCCGCACAGCGCCAAACUCGACGCCUACCGCAAAGCCGGCUCCUCGCUGUACCUGACGGCGUGGCGUGACCCUGCCAACCACCUGUUUGACCAAAUCCAGACCUCGUCCGGUUCGCGGCCUUUGUCAGGCCAAGCCAUCGAUUCCACGUCCAUCAUCAAAUCCCUGUCGUCCAAGGACAAGGACAAGAUCAAGGAAAAGUUCAAGCUCUUCAACACCAGCUUUGACGAGUUGAUCACCAGACACAAGAGUCUGCGCAUGGAAGCCGAGGUCAGGUCGCAGCUGGCCCGGGAGAUUCAAGGCAUGAUCGAGCCGCUUUACACGCGGUUCUGGGACCGGUAUCACGAGGUGGACAAGGGGAAGGGCAAGGUGGUCAAGUACGACAAGGGCACCUUGAGUCAGAUGUUGGCCAGCCUUUAG